UCCCUAUGUUAACUAACCAGCAAAGUGAAACUGACAAGACUUCUUGUCAGUUUCACAUGUGGAGCUGGUCAAGGAGGAGGAAGCUGAUAGGGAGCAAUGCGGAAUUAAAUAGUUUUAAUUACUUGGACCUGUAUAAGCUUGCAGACCUCUUCAACCUCACUUUGUUGGAGAAUGCAGUCGUUGACUUCUUAGUAAAACAUCUCUCUGAGCUAUUGAAGAGUCAUCCUGAAGAAGUCCUGGCACUCCCAUACUGUCUCCUUCGAGAGGUUUUUAAAAGUGAUAGACUCACUUCACUCAGUGAAGAACAAAUCUGGCAGCUCGCUGUGAGGUGGUUGGAACACAACUGCCGCUACCAGUACAUGGAUGAACUUCUCCAGUAUGUCCGCUUUGGCCUUAUGGAUGUGAAUACACUGCAUACCGUAGCCCUUUCUCAUCCUCUUGUCCAAGCUAGUGAAACUGCAACAGCUCUUGUUAAUGAGGCCUUGGCUUACCACCAGAGCGUCUAUGCACAGCCAGUCUGGCAAACCAGAAGGACAAAACCUCGCUUCCAGUCAGAUACUCUUUACAUUAUUGGUGGGAAAAAACGUGAAAUCUGUAAAGUGAAGGAAUUGCGCUACUUCAAUCCGGUGGAUCAAGAGAAUGUUCAUAUUGCAGGGAUUGCAAACUGGAGCGAGCUCGCUCCUAUGCCUGUAGGGAGAAGCCACCACUGUGUUGCUAUCAUGGGAGACUUUCUUUUUGUAGCUGGCGGAGAGGCAGAGCACUCCACAGGGCGCACUUGUGCGGUGAGAACUGCCUGUCGAUAUGACCCCCGCACUAACUCUUGGGCUGAGAUAGCUCCAAUGAAGAACUGUCGGGAACACUUUGUGCUGGGAGCAGUGGAUGAGUACCUCUAUGCGGUAGGGGGCAGGAAUGAAUUGCGUCAGGUGUUACCUACAGUGGAACGCUAUUGCCCCAAGAAGAACAAGUGGACCUUUGUACAGUCCUUUGAUCGAUCGCUCUCAUGCCAUGCAGGAUAUGUGGUGGAUGGUCUUCUUUGGAUAUCAGGAGGAGUAACAAAUACUGCACAGUAUCAAAACAGGCUCAUGGUCUAUGAUCCCAAGCAGAAUAAGUGGUUAAGCCGUAGCCCAAUGUUGCAGAGGAGAGUGUAUCACUCCAUGGCUGCUGUGCAAAGGAAACUUUACGUGUUAGGCGGGAAUGAUCUUGACUACAACAACGAUCGGAUCCUUGUUCGGCACAUAGACUCCUACAGCAUAGAUGCUGACCAGUGGACACGCUGCAGCUUCAACAUGUUGACAGGUCAAAAUGAGUCUGGAGUUGCCGUCCACAAUGGUAGAAUAUAUUUAGUUGGUGGCUAUUCGAUUUGGACAAAUGAGCCUUUGGCAUGUAUCCAGGUGCUGGAUGUUAGCAAGGAAGGGAAGGAAGAAGUGUUCUAUGGGCCUACACUCCCCUUCGCUUCCAAUGGAAUAGCAGCAUGCUUUCUUCCAGCUCCUUAUUUUACUUGCCCCAACCUUCAGACUCUGCAAGUGCCUCACCACAGGAUCGGCACAAUGUGAGACAAGGAAUGUGCACUUCAUAAAAUCAGAAGUGGAGAGGAGGGAAAAUCAAACCCUGUGUAUAGAAGGGUUUCUCGGCAUCAGAAGAAUCAAUCCACACGGGCUGCUGCUUUACCUUCACACAUUUGUCUUAAAGUUGGAUCACAGUAGGCAGGAAGGAAGCUACAAAAACUGUCUGCAGUUUCUCUCCUUUGCCUCAGGUGUAGAAGCAUUUACAUGAGAGCAUUGGGCAUUUCUGCUGGUGACUACUUGCUACCUGUCUCUACUUCAUUUCCUUAUGCAACUUCAUAAGGCAUUGUGAAUGCUCUCAGCUCCUCCUGGGCUGCUCUUCUUUGGAGUCUGUACGCUCAGUUGUUCACCAAUGGCACUUUCAAAGCCUAUAUAAAGCUCUGUUUAUGUUGACAAAGAUGAUAUAGUACUGUGGUAAUUAUGCAACUUACUCGAUACCUUUGGCAAAAAGAAUAACAAAUGUAUUGACUUCCAAUUCCGAACUCCAUCGUUUACAGUUUCUCAUUUAAUAAUACUUCAUUUGACACUUAAAUACUGCAAAGCAGAUUAAAAGAAAAAUAAAAACCAAACUAGCUCUAUGGUAAAUGAGGAACAGAUAAAAAUUGUCUUAGCUGAAAGACAGAGACACUGAAGCCUCAUGGUUGAAUCCAAGUCUCAACUGAAUGUGUUUGUCUGAGAAUCUAAAGAUCAUUUGGGAUGUCAUUUACCAAGUCCUACUAUUAAAUAAAUGUUACCUUCUGUCAUAUGAUCAAUUCCUCCUGACAGCUGCAGUCUUUUAAUGGUGGAGAACAGCCUCCUUACUGUAUAAUUAAAAUGUGCCAUUUACUUAAUAUUUUUAAUAUCCAGUUUGCAAGGGGUCACCA